AUGUCCUUCUUCAAGAAGCUCGCAAAGGAUCUCGAACAGGAUUUCAAAAGUCUUGGACUGGGGUCCGACAAGAAGGAGGAGAAGCCUCCCACUCCCAGCGGCGGAAACUAUCCUCCCCCUCAAAAUCAGGGAUAUGGCAGUCCCUCCCCCAACCCCCAUUAUCCACCUCCCCAGCACCAGCAGCAUCAAAGCUACUCGAGCCCUCCUCCUCCUCAGCACGAACAGCAGAACCGUGACUUUGCCCCUCCCCAGAAUGUAGGCCCACGCCCGCCGCCGCCCUACCAACCCCCUACGGACAAGCCGCCCAUCCCCUCCGGCUGGGUUCCUCGCUGGGAUGACCGUUACCAGCGCUGGUACUAUGCCGAGGAGGCUACGGGCCGUACCCAAUGGGAGGCGCCGGCUUAUGACGCUGCAGGUCAUGGCUCUGACGGCACUCGUGCCCAUGGUUCGGGAGGCUAUGGUGGACACCAGGCAUAUGCGUCCCCCGCUGGGUAUGGCGGUGGUGGUUAUGCGUCCCCCGCUGGGUAUGGCGGCGGUGGUGGUUAUGCGUCCCCCGCUGGGUAUGGCGGCGGUGGCUACCAGCCUCAAGGAUAUGGUGUCCCCCCGUAUGCCCAAGGCGAACACAAGGAGAAGAAGGGCAGCAACGCGAUGGCCAUCGCCGGUGGUGUCGCUGCCGGAGCCAUUGGUGGUGCUUUGCUGGCUAAUGCCCUCAAUGACUCCGACUCUGACUCUGAUCAUGGCGGCAACUCGGGUGGCUAUGCUCCUGCUGCUGCUGCCGCCGCCGCUCCUGCUGCUGGCCCCACGUAUGUGACCAACAAUUACUACUAUGGCGACGAGAGUCCAGCUCCCCCCCCGGCUGCUUAUGAUGAGCCCGCUGGAUACGGCGAUGUCCCACCUGGUCACAUCCCUACCCAUAACGCAUACGGCGAGGAGAUUGACAGCAGUGAUCGCGAGUCGCUCAAGGAAGCGCGUGAAGCUUAUGAGGAGGCUCUGGAAGAUGCCGCUUCGAGCAGUGCCAGCAGUAGUGACCUGGAAGAGCUCGAGGAAGCGAGACAAGAGUACCAGGAGGAAUAUGAGGAGGCCUACUAUGACGAGGACUAG